GCCAGUUCGCGAACGACGACACAGUCGUCACGUCGCGUCUGCGCUCAUUGCGUACAAAGUACAACGAAUCGUGUCGUGGUGGCAUACCAUAUUGAACAUUCAAUCGAAACUUACGUAUUAUUAAUUGAUCGUUGUAAUGAUCGUGUGAAAAUUGUAUAAAUGAAUAUCUAUUUACAUUAAAACUCCCGUGGGAUAAACAAAUAUUACAAAUUUAGAACUAGGUCAAAAAAUGUAUGUAUACAAAUGAUGUUAAAUUGAGUUUGAAUGACAGUGAGUGGUGAUUUGAUCAGCCAAACAGUGAUACGAGUAUGUAUAGUUUCGACCGUGAUUUGUGGCACGUGCAUCAGCCGUCGGUGGAAGCUCUCGAGGACAUAGAUGAUCAAGACAAACGCAGCGAGAGCCCGACGACCGCGGUGCGGGCGGAGGCGCCGCGGGAGCUGCCCAACGAGCUGUCCGCGCCCUACGAGGUGCCGCAGUUCCCCAUAGAGCAGAUAGAGAAGAAACUCCUCAUCCAACGACAACUUAACGUCAAGGCAGCGGAAUGCGGACAAUCGACGCGCUCGUUCGCCGGCAGCGAAGCGGGCGGCUUGUUCGAGGAGGCGGCGCGGCUGAGGGUGCCGGACGACGACGACGCGGAGAUCGUCCUGCCGCACUUCCAGCGGGUCGCCAUCAGCGGGGAGGACACCUCCGGGGUUCCGCUAGAGGAUCUGCAGGUGGCGUCUUCCUUCCUGGUGCAGGCGCUGGAGUUGCGCAAGAAGUACAUGGAUAUGUCGCAGCAGGACUACUCCACCAUCACGGCGCGGUUCGUGCGCAGCAUGGAUGCAGAUGCACCGCACCACACGCCCGCCUCGAAGGGACCGAGGAGGGAGAUAGCAGACCACGUCGUCCACCCGCCGUUCCGUGACGGCAAGGAACCGUGGGAGGGCCCACUGCCCGACGCCAAGGGGUACACCAUCCGUGCGGACGACGGCAUCUUCAACCUCUACCAGAAGAACAGCGCCGGCGAGCUGGUCCGCCUGCCUUAUGAAUACGUCACGUACGCGCAGUACGUGCAGGACAAGAACACCAUGUGCAGCAUGAUCGCCGACGGACCGCUCAAGUCUUUCUGCUACCGGCGCCUGUCGUACUUGUCGUCCAAGUUCCAGCUGCACGUGCUGCUCAACGAGCUGCGUGAGCUGGCCUCGCAGAAAGCUGUUCCGCAUCGGGAUUUCUACAACAUUAGGAAAGUGGACACUCACAUCCACGCGGCGUCGUGCAUGAAUCAGAAACACCUGCUGCGGUUCAUAAAGAAGACGCUCAAAAACCACGCUGACGAGGUGGUGACGCUGCAUAAAGGUACCCCGAUGACUCUGAAGUCGGUGUUCCAGUCCAUGAACCUGAGCACCUACGACCUCACUGUGGACAUGCUCGAUGUGCAUGCGGACCGCAACACAUUCCAUAGGUUCGACAAGUUCAACGCUAAAUACAACCCGAUCGGAGAGAGCAGGCUGCGCGAGGUGUUCCUCAAGACGGACAACUACAUGAACGGGAAAUAUUUCGCUAGGAUCAUCAAGGAAGUAGCUUCAGAUCUAGAGGAGAGCAAGUACCAGAACGCGGAACUGCGGCUGUCGAUCUACGGCAAGAGCCCGGACGAAUGGGCCAAGCUCGCCAAGUGGGCCAUACAGUACGACGUGCACUCGGACAACGUGCGCUGGCUCAUACAAAUCCCGAGGCUCUAUGAUAUCUUCAAGAGCAACAAGAUAAUGACCAACUUCCAAGAAUUCCUCAGCAACAUCUUCCAGCCUCUGUUCGAGGUCACCAACGACCCCAACAGCAAUCUCGAGCUGCACAAGUUCCUCACCCACGUGAUCGGGUUCGACAGCGUGGACGACGAGUCGAAGCCCGAGAACCCGAUGUUGGACGCGGACGUGCGCACGCCGCCCGCCUGGGACGAGGACGAGAACCCGCCCUACGCGUACUACCUGUACUACAUGUACGCCAACAUGACCGUGCUCAACCACUUCCGCAAGGAGCAAGGUCUGAACGUGUUCGUGCUGAGGCCCCAUUGCGGGGAGGCGGGCCCCGUGCAGCAUCUCGUGUGCGGCUUCCUGCUCGCCGAGAACAUCUCCCACGGACUGCUGCUGAGAAAGGUGCCGGUACUCCAGUACCUCUACUACCUGGCGCAGAUCUACAUCGCCAUGUCGCCGCUCAGCAACAACUCGCUGUUCCUCAACUACCACCGCAACCCGCUGCCGGAGUUCCUCGCGAGAGGACUCUGCAUCACGCUCAGUACAGAUGAUCCGCUGCAAUUCCACUUCACUAAGGAGCCGCUGAUGGAGGAGUACAGCAUCGCGGCGCAGGUGUGGAAGCUGAGCUCGUGCGACAUGUGCGAACUGGCGAGAAACUCCGUGCUCAUGUCGGGAUUCCCUCAUGAGAUGAAACAAUACUGGUUGGGUCCCAACUACAUGAAGGAGGGUGUGGCCGGCAAUGAUAUUACUCGCACCAACGUGCCCGACAUCCGCAUUUCCUUCCGACACGAGACGCUGCUCGACGAACUCACUAACAUCUUCAAGGAUGGAAUGUCAGAUCGCAGAUAAACACGUCCACAAGCAGAACAGUGGACGCAGCAAUGGAUUAACUUGAGUUAUUUUAAUGUAAUUUUUAACUAACAACAAUGUUUACAAUGUUUAAUAAAUAUACAAUAAUAUUAAUGUUAGGGCUUAAGAAGUGCCCCAAUCUAUUAACAGAUACCACUUAGAUUUAUAGACAUUCCGAAUGUGAUAUGUGAGAGGUUUGCAAGUGCCAUUGAUUGAUACACUGUAUCUAAUGCUUUAUCUAAUACAAGUGAGCCUCGUGCUUUCUCUUCGAAUUUUUCUAGGGUCUUAAUCCUAAGUCAUGAUAGGUCGUAGAAUGAAAGGUGCUACCCGACAUCUCUGAAAGUUGUUUCCCUGUUCAAUGUCGAUAUCUUUUGUGUAUGCAUCGUUCGUGUUGACUUUGUUUAGAUUUAAGUGUAAGCUUUUGUGUCUCUACAUAUGAAUUUCAUUAA